ACUUUCUCUAACUCAUCCCCUCUCUACUUCUCCCUCACUCCGUCUCUCUCCACCCCUCUACUAAAAUUGUUUAUUUAUUGAUUGAGUCGUUUUUGUUUAUUUACCAAAGCAGUUGAACUUUCUUUCUUUCCUUCCUUCCAUUUCUCUCUCUUCCUCACUACACUGUUUGGAAUACUGCUUCUCUUCUUUGGAAUUACUGGCUUUCCCGUUGCCAUGACAACGUUCCUGGGAUACUCCCCUUCCCAGUGGGUCUUGCUCUGCCACAGAAUUCCCAGACUGGACUUCCGAUUCGAGAGCCGAGGGAACACAUUCCAGCCGGAGGUGUGGGAAUAUCAGCAGACUCUACUCGUUCUCUCCUCUCUCUCUGCUCUCUGUCUCCUCCUCUCAUUGCUCGGGGUCUCGUCCUCUCUGAUUGGCUGGUGCUGCCGUCGGCGUGGUAACCACGCGGGGGCCGAUGACAGCGACGACGACGACGAGUCUGAUGAUGUCACCGGGGAGUGUCAUCCCUUCUGUGUCACAUGGGGUACUGUCGGGGCAGUUGUGAUUUGCUGUGCUGCUAUUGGAAUUGGUUUCUAUGGUAAUAGCGAAGCCAAUGAUGGGAUGUAUCAGAUGGCCUACUCCCUGGCAACAGCCAAUCACACGCUGAGUUCCAUUGACAUUCUGGUCUCAGACACAGUGUCCUUGCUGGGUCUAGCAGUCUCUGAUCAGCUCACCAGAUUGGAGGAGCUCCUGUCCCGGCGUGAUGACCUCAUCGUCAUCACUCGGAAUGCCCGCCGCCAAACAGAGGCUGUGAUUGGCCUGCUGUCAAACCUGCCCCUCCAGGCCACACCCCUCGUGAGUGCAGCGCAGCUAACCACCCAGGGGAAUUAUACUGCUGAGAAUCAGACAGAGAGCACAGUCACUGUGGACUGGGCAGCACAGAGAGUGGGGUCCCUCGAGGAAUACAGGUGGCUCUCCUACAUUCUUCUGCUUCUUCUGGACCUCCUCAUCUGUCUCUUCAUCCUCUUGGCUCUCGCUAAGGAAACACGCUGGCUGCUGGCUCUCAGUGAUUUUUGCGUGGAUCCAGACACCUACAUAUUAAAUACAACACAGUUGGAUCUCGGAGUAAGACAAGAUGUCCUGGAGUAUUAUCUGAUCUGCAGCAAGGGAAUGACAAUUCCUUCCCAACAGCGACUCACUCAGACUCAGAGAGCUUUGUCUAAUAUCCAUGCUCAACUCACUGGCCUGGAGGCCAUGGCUAUCCCACAAUUCCCUCAGGUUGAAAAGAGCCUCUCUGAGCUGCAGCAGGUUCUCAAUGUCACUGAGGGAAACUUCCAGCAUCUGGUGGCACUACUGAACUGCAGAGCACUGAACAAGGACUAUCUAGAUGCUAUAAAGGGACUGUGUUAUGAUGGGAUGGAGGGAGUGCUGUAUCUCUGUCUCUUCUCCUUCCUCUCUGCUCUCUCAUUCUCCUCUCUCCUCUGCACACUGCCGAGAGCCUGGGACCAGUUUCGCAGUGACUCUGGUGAUUAUGACGACUCUGAUGAUGACAGCGAGGACCCCUUCGGCUCUCAUCAGGCACGUAGACAGGUGCCCACGAGCAGGGCGGGGCCAUCAGGGGUCCUGCCAGGUUUCUAUAGUUACCAGGGCGGGGCCUCGGCUCCUCCCCUUUCCAGUGCCCCGCCCCUCUCUCACUACAUGGCUCAAAAUGCUAUAUUCAGUGGCAGUCCUCGAUUUGAAAGCGUCCCGCUGAUCGAGAGACAGUCGCCACCCCCUUCGUAUUCUCCAAGCAUGUUAACAGGAUUCGGAGGCCCACAACUGAACAGUGCAGCUGGACAAAGCAGGACUGAGUUCUUGUCCUAGUGUUUGACAGACAAGUGGACAUUUGGACAUGUGGACAGACAUGCAAGAAAAAAUACUAAUAUAAUAACCAUCAAAGUUUGUGAUUUUAAAUGUAUUAAUGCAUUUUUUACCUGUUAAUUAAUCAGCCCCCCUAACUUCAAUAGCCAUAGUUUUAAAUAUUAUACAGCAUCACCAAACAUGAUUCAGACAGUCCCCCUGAGCUUCAAUCUGCA